CAUGGUGCAUAAAUGUGAAUCAUGUCUGGCGAAGUUGGUGACCCUCUUGUUCCCUAGAUCUAAGGAGCCAAGAGGAAUCUGAAACUUCUGAGUCAGAUACAUUUGAGCUAGAAUCAGAACUCUUGCCUCUUCGGUUUUCUUCAGCUUGGUUAUUGUCCUUGAACCCUUCAUUUAGAAGAACACCCAGGGAAAGAAAGGCCGGGGAGCGGUGAGAGUUUGGGAUUCUGGUGAUCUGAGUGAUCGCCAUUUUAAUGUACGAUGGAACAAUCUGGUGCUUUCCUUGAUUUCCGGCUGUUGGGUAGGAGGAAAAGUGUGCUUUUGAUCGAAAGUUAGAGUUAUCCUGGUGUUUUUAUGUCAGCAAAGGUUUUUCUUGUUUACCUCCUGGUCUUGGAUUGAUGAAGGGAUUGAUCGUUCUGGCGACUAGAUUUGCGUGGGAUAUUUUCUUCUGUUGAUCAGAAGCAAAAACGUGAAGUGUUCGUGAAUUGGGGUUUUGAAGAUGAUGACCAAUCAUUACUCAUCAUCAAGAUCGUGUAAUCAAGGAGUUGUGAGAGUGACAUUGAUUUUAGUGGGAAUUUGCUUGGUGAGUUACAUUGUAGGGCCACCCUUGUAUUGGCGUCUUGUUGAAAGUUUUAGACCUGUUUCUGGCUCAUGUCCACCUUGUGAGUGCGACUGCUCCACGGAGACCAUUUUUUCUCUGCCCUUAGGGGUUGAGAACAAUUCAUUGGCAGAUUGUGGUAAGCAUGAUGCUGAUGCAAGUGAAGAAAUGGAAAAGAGUUUGACAGAUCUUCUACUGGAGGAGCUAAAAUUACAAGAGGUUGUGGCUCUAGACAGGGAACGUCAUUCUCAAGUUGCAACCAUAGAGGCUAAGAAGCUGUCUGCACAUUACCAAAAAGAGGCAGAGAAGUGCAAUGCAGGAAUGGAAACAUGUGAAGAGGCAAGGGAAAGAGCUGAAGCAGCAUUGACUGCUGAGAAGGAAUUAUCAUUGAUGUGGGAAAACCGAGCACGACAGCUUGGAUGGAGUGAAAGUGACAUCAUCACCAUGUGAAGAAAAAAUGAGUAUUUCACAAUUCAUGUACUGUUUUUCCACAACAAAAGGUGUUCAAAGUUUUUGAAGGCUCAACUUGAUUUUUCUACAUCAAAUUUUCUUAUUCUUUUUUAUGGCGCAUUAAAAGUCAAUUGAAGAUUGUUUCACUGGUUUA